AUGUCUACAUCUGAGACCAUUCACACCCUAGUUCAGCAACAUUAUGGUACGAUUGCCAAUCAAUCUGCUGCCAGUACACCUGGCAAUGAGGCAUACUUUAACAAGGUGGCGGCCACUUUUGGUUACAGUGCAUCUGAGAUAGAUGAACUUCGAGGAGCAAAUAUGGGGCUCAGCUGUGGAAAUCCAGUUGCCACUAGCCAUCUUCGCGAGGGAGAGGUGGUUGUCGAUUUAGGAUCGGGAGCAGGGAUGGACGUCAUCCUUGCUGCACAAAAAGUUGGCCCCACGGGGAAAGUCAUUGGAAUCGAUAUAACUGAGGAUAUGAUCAAAUUAUCCACUGAAAAUGCAGAGAAGAGGGGCCUAAAGAAUACCAAAUUUAUUCAUUCUUCAAUCGAAUCCCUACCUCUUCCAUCAAACAGUGUGGACUGUGUUAUCUCAAACUGUGUCCUAAACCUCAUUCCGGAGGUAGCGAAACGUACCGCUCUGAAAGAGAUAUAUCGCAUACUAAAGCCAGGCGGAAGGACAUCCAUCAGCGAUAUAGUUGCUAAGAAGGAGUUGCCCCCUUCUGUCCUGGAAGAUGCCGCGGCCUAUGUUGGAUGCGUUGCUGGAGCAAUUCAUUAUACUACAUACGAAUCUUAUCUUCGCGAAGCCGGAUUUAAAGUAGAGUCCUCGACUAAAUCCGGUGGUAGUCUCAAGACAGCUUGCUGCGCUCCUCCCAGCAAGACACAAGAGAACAUCCCAAGCACAGCUCAAACGACCACCUUGACUCAGAGUUCUUUGACCAAUGUCGUCAAUUCGCUUCUUAACUAUGAUCUAAAUGAUUUCUUGGGCUCCUACAAAAUAUAUGCUCUCAAACCGAUUGAAGAUCCAGAGUGA